GACCUUGCAGAGAAACUGGAGAAACAAAUGGAGGAGACACGAGCCAGCAACAGGAAGCGGAGUCACUCUCGAACACCGGGAGAGCCUGUUGCUGAACCAUGGAAUAAAUCUGUCCCUCCGCUCUAUUACUAUGGGUCAGCCUCGGGUCCUUCUACCUCCUACGAUGACUCAGACUCAGUCUCGUCCUCUACCCCGGCCCGCUCUGGAGCCAUUUCUCCUUCCUUCAGCAUCACUUCUAAAAGGCCAGAAUCCUUUCCCUUCAGUUCAGAUGACGCCACCAUAAAGAAGACCAGUGAACGAAACAAGAGAAGAUUAAAGAGUACAGAAUACCUGUUUGAAGGUACAGAAGACAGAAAAAAGAAACUCCAUGAGAUCUACACAGAGCUGUACAUCACAGAUGGAGUGAGCGAUGACGUGAAAACUCAACAUGAGGUUCGACAAAUGGAGAUACAGUCCCGAAGGGAAAGCUCUACACAAGAUGCCAUCGACUGCAAUGACAUUUUCAAACCGUCACCGGAACCAGGAGAACCAAUCAGAACAGUCAUGACUAAAGGGAUUGCUGGCAUUGGGAAGAGCGUGACAGUGCAGAAGUUCAUUCUGGACUGGAGAGAAGGAAGAGCCAAUCAAGAUGUCGAUUUCAUCUUCAUGCUGCCUUUCCGUCAGCUGAAUUUGUGCAUCGAUGACCAGUACAGUCUGCACAGACUUCUCCUCGAGUUUCACCCCGAACUACGAGACAUCCACAACAUGGAGCUGUUUGACGAAGCCAAGAUAGUAAUCAUCUUAGAUGGUCUGGAUGAGAGUAAAUUUCGCCUAAAGUUUAGAGAGAGGGGGACUUUGUCACAAAUAACGGAGACCUCGUCAGUGGACAUGCUGAUCGUCAACCUACUGAAGGAGAAUCUAAUGCCGUCGGCCUCCGUUUGGGUCACGUCCCGUCCGGCAGCAGCACACCAGAUUCCCCGGGAUUAUAUCGAUCGGUGGACGGAGAUCCAUGGUUUCAAAGAUCAACAGAAGGAGCACUACUUCAGGAACAAAAUCAAGGAUCAAAUCGAAGCUGACAGAAUCGUGAAACAGAUUAGGGAUUCCAGGAGCCUCUACAUCAUGUGCCGCAUACCUGUAUUCUGCUGGAUUUUAGCCACUGUGCUGAAGAGGAUGGGGACCAGGGACAAGGGAGACAUCCCUAAAACACUGACUGAAAUUUUUGCUCAUUUCCUUCUGAUUCAGCUUACGAGGAAGGAGCAGAAGAAUGAAGAUCUUGAAGAAAAAGAUACAAGGCAGGUACUAAAGUCCAACAAAGACGUGAUCCUGAAACUUGCGGAGUUGGCAUACAGAGAGCUGGAAAAGGACAAUGUACUCUUUUCAGAGGAGGACCUGAAAGAGUGCAAAAUUGACCUACACCAAGACAUGGAGAAAUCAGGCAUGUGCACAGAAGUCUUUGUCUCAGAAACUGUGAUCCUCAAGAAGAAGGUCUACUGCUUUGUGCACCUGAGCGUUCAGGAGUUUCUGGCAGCUCUGUUUGUGUUUCACUCAUUCUCCUCCAGAAACUUUGAGGUGCUGAAGUCCUUCGCCAUGGAAGGGCAGCAGCUGCACGACUUGUUGGCGAGCGCUGUGAGGAAGUCCCUGCAGAGCCAGAAUGGACACCUGGACCUUUUCCUCCGCUUCCUUCUAGGCAUCUCACUUGAGCCCAACCAGAAGCUUUUUGAAGGGCUACUCACGCCCACACAGGAAAGCUCAGAGAGCGUCAAGAUGACAGUCCAGUACAUCAAGGAGACCGUCAGCAGACAUGGCCAGUCAACAGAGAGAUGCAUGAACCUUCUGCUCUGCCUGCUGGAGCUGAAGGACUGCUCCCUGCAUGAAGAAGUCCAAGCAUACGUGCAGUCAGGGGAUCUGCUUUCUCCUGCUGUGUGCUCAACCCUGGCCUACAUGAUGCUGGUGUCUGAAGAUACGCAGGAGGAGUUUGACCUGAUGAAGUUUAGCACAACAAAUAAGGGGAGAAUGAGGCUGGUGAUUGCUGUCAGGAACUGCAAAAAGGGUCGACUGGUCAGCUGUGGUCUCAACAAAGACUCCUGCGAAACCAUAACUUCUGCUCUACAGUCCGAUAAUUCCCCGGUGAAGGAGCUGAACCUGAGUUGCAAUGACCUGCGAGAUGCCGGAGUUCAGAUGUUGUCACAGGGACUGAACCAUGCAAACUGCGUCCUGGAGACACUGAGACUUGCCAGCUGCAACCUCACUGGAAAUUCCUGUAAAACUCUGGCCUUGGUUCUGCAGGCAUCAGAGUCCCACCUGAGGGAGCUGGACCUGACCAACAACGACAUAGCAGCUGCCGGAGUACAGGAAUUAUCUCCUGCAUUGAGUCACCCCAAUUGCAAACUUCACACACUGAUUCUGGCUGGAUGUUACCUCACUGGAGAGUCCUGUCGCCCUUUGGCUGCAGGUCUGCGGUCAGGUAACUCCCACCUGAGACACUUGGACCUGACCAACAACGACCUGGGCGAGCUGGGAGUGGGCCAGCUGUCUGUUGCGCUCGGUCAUCAGGACUGCAAACUGGAAAUACUGAAGCUCUCUGGCUGUCUGGUGUCAGAGAGGGCUUGUGAGCUUCUGGCCUCGGCCCUGACAUCAAAGCCCACCUCCCUGAAAGAGCUCGACCUGACCUACAAUCAUAUGGGAGCCUCUGCUGUAAGUCUGCGCUCCAAACUUCAACGAGAGGGGUGCCAACUUAACAUAGAUAGUAAUGCACAACGCUGGAUGAAACCAGCUCUACAGAAAUAUGCCUGUGAGCUCACGCUGGACAUAAGCACAGCCCACCCAGAGCUCGUCCUCUCGGAAAACAACCAGAGGGUCACCAGGGUGGAGGAGGACCAGCUAUACCCUGACCGGCCCCAGAGGUUCGACUGCUGCCCCCAGCUCCUGUGUCUGGAGGGCCUGACUGGCCGCCACUACUGGGAGGCGGAGUGGAGGGGGAGCGAGGUCGUCAUCGGAGCAGCAUACCGGAGUAUCCGCAGGAAGACCCACGGUGCCAUCUGCAAGAUCGGCCUGAACACCAAGUCUUAUGGCCUGUGGUGUGAAGACGGCCACUACGUGGUGAGGUACGACAUUAACAAGACGGACUUGACGCCCGCCUGCUCGGGCUUCAGCCGAGUCGGGCUGUACCUGGACUGGCCGGCCGGAACUCUGUCCUUCUACGCCGUUUCGUCGGGGAAACUCACCCAUCUGCACACGUUCCACUCCAGGGUCGGGGAUCCACCGCGUCCGGGGUUCUUGGAGCCCCUCUACCCAGGGUUCUGGCUUCACCGGAAGUGCACCGCCUCCCUGUGCCAGGUGGAAUGAUCGCCAUUGGUGCCAAAACAAACAAACAAACAAACAAAAAAAAAUGUAACUGCUGUGGCGCUCGAAGGGAGACCAGGAUCUGUAUUGAAUUGAAUUGAAUUGAAUUGA